CGUAGGUCUAAGUCACAGCCAGCGUUUGUGAGGGGUCAAGCUCCCGCAGUAGGUUGUGAUCAGCCAUGAAGUGUGCAGCUGCGUUGGUGGUCGGGGGGGCGGUCUGUGCGCAAGCGUUCCUCCCAGCCUCGUUGCCAUGUCACUUGACAUCGUCGAAAGCGUCUGAUGUAAGAGCGAGCCGAACAAGCGUGCGUAUGUCAGCCGCGGCGGAACUGCCGACGCAGGCCAAGCGGCAGAAGGCGUUGUACGACAUGGUGUACGUGGAGCGACUGCCGGAGGAGCAGCAGAUGACCUCUGGACUUUUCCUGCCGGCCAAGGCUAACCCCAGGAUGCACGUCUGUAAGGUCGUCUCCGUCGGCAAUGGCCGCGAAGGGGAAAGCGGCCACGUUACGCCGAACGAUGCCGUUAAGCCGGGCGACCUCGUCUUCGUGAAGGAUCCCUACGGGAUUGGCCCAAGAGACGACGAGUUCGCCGGGAAGAAGUUCUCCUUCGUCCGGUACACGAGCAUCUGCGCCGUCAUCCCGAACUCGCAAGACUUCGAGGACGCAGCGCGAGAAGCGGGCAAGCUGCAGGCCGAGAUGGACAAGGCUGCAGGCAGCGGCCUCGCAUUUUAAUAUCGAGCGCUCGUCGUCAUUGUUGUUGCUACCAUGUUAGACUGUGUGGUUUUGAUUUGGCCUGUCGCCUUGUUACUCGCGGGGAGAAAGGCUGCCGGCGAAAAAUAGAAGGUCAUCGUGGGGGGCGGGGGGUGUACAUGCCGUGGUUUUAGUAGGCUGGCCGGCCGCAGCGGCGAUGGUAGUCUCAAAGUUAUGAUGGGCAUACAUAGGGCUGCUUGCUUUCAUUUACAACAGUUGACGCUUCGCGCUCUCUGAUCCGGGUGGGUGGGCUUUGGGCCGCGAUUGCAUGUUCAGGUGGUGUUCAGCUCGAUUCUGAGUCCCUUCUGGCAGAACGGGUUGGGCAAGGCAAUCUGCUGCUUUUGGUUCUCAAUUCAAGUGUGUGCUCUUCCUGGUACCGGCUGACCUGGCUCCGUGUGAAGCUUGCCUCGGAUGUGAUUUGUAUACGGUGCGUUUGCCCGUCGUUUCCAGAGGAGCGACAAACUCUUUCGUCGCUUGGUGCGGGCGAGCCGUUGGUGAAUUGGCAAAACAAGUGUCGGGUAUGUAAAAAACAGCCGAAAUAUAUGGCGUUUUGACGAGAAAUAAACAUCUCAAAAGAUGCCGUGAGAUUGCAACCGGUCGGUGCGUCUACUCUGGAAUCAUGGUGAUCCCGUCGUGUUGAGCUUUAUGUCAAACCGUGCAGCCCCUUUCCAAUCUCUGGAACGCCGCUGAUCCACCCCCUUCGCAGACACAAAACUUUGAUUUUUUUCAUGUUGAUGGUUCACGCAAUGCUGCAGGGCAUAGCGAUUUUGUGACGCAAUUUCUCCG